GAUCUAAAGCCUCAGAUAUUCCAGGUCUGUCUGUAUCUGUUGCUUUUCUGCUGAAUUUAUUUGUUUUUCUGCCUCUGAGUCUGUCUGUCUCUCCAUAUCUGGUUUAGGUUAGGACUCACAUGCGCUCUGAUUGGCUUAAAGUUUGGACUGAAGGCUCUGCGUUCACCACACCCUAUGAUAAAUCUUAUUCUAGGCAUUUUUCUGCGGAUCAGCAACGGGUGCGUUAACGGCACAUAGCAGGAUUACUUCUUUUUCGGGGCAUUUUAACCCUUUUUAUACUUAUUUUAAUCAUAUCUGGAAGAAUAUAUCGAUUUUGAUACUUAAUCUUACUCAUAACUUCUCCUUGUGUGGUGAUUUUUUUUCUUUUUAAGAACUUUUAAUUCCUACAACUGCAGAGAGAGGGAGAAAGAUAUAUUUAAACAUCAAUUUGUUUAAAAUAAUCACGCUUUUUUCCCCCCGUGUGGCGCGUAAUUACGCACGGCGGCUCCAUGGCACACAUGUGCAGGAUGAUCACCGGCAGCGCGGCGAGCUGCGCGGGCUGGGUCGGGAUCAUCGUCGCCACGGCCACCAACGACUGGGUCCGGACCUGCGACUACACCGUGGCCACCUGCGUCCGCAUGGACGAGCUGGGCUCCCGGGGCCUCUGGGCGGAGUGCGUCAUCUCCCCGGCGCUCUACCACUGCCAGGCGCUCAACCAGAUCCUCACCCUGCCCGCCUAUGUGCAGACGUCUCGUGCCCUGAUGAUCUGCGCAUGUCUGCUGGGCCUCCCCGCCAUGCUGCUGGUGCUCAUGUCGAUGCCCUGCGUCCGGCUGCAGAACGACACCUCCUCCAUCAAACAGCGCAGAGCGAGAAUAGGAGGAGUCCUGUUCCUGCUCAUGGCUCUGUGUGGCAGCAUCUCCACCGUGUGGUUCCCCAUCGGCGCCCACCAGGACGAGGGUCUGAUGUCCUUCGGCUUCUCUCUGUACGCCGGCUGGGUGGGGACGGCUCUGUGUCUCCUGGGCGGCUCCGUCAUCCUGUGUUGCCACGGCAACGACCCCGGGACCCCGAGCCGGGACAACAGCUUCUACUACUCCAGGCAGGGGGGCACGGCCACGCCGCUGGACCCCCCCGCCAACCACGCCAAGAGCGCACGGGUGUGAACGUCUCGCUGUAAAGACUGAAAUCUAUCAAGUCUGUGCGUUUAUUUCACAUCGAGCUGAUUCCACUAAUAGAAACGUCCUCUAAUGUCAGUUUUUGUCCUUUUUAAUGCUGAUUUUACAUUGAUUCAUGAAUUUAUGACUUUAAUAAUAGUUAGAACACAAAUGACAUGAAAACAUUUCAGAGAUACAACCUGAAGUUUGUUGGUGAACUUUGAACACACACACA